AUGCCACUAGAUAACGCGGCGCCGACCGUUCAUCAAGUGGAUCGCUCCACACGGAAAUGGCCACCUGCACCAGGGACUCCCUUUACAGCACAAGUUUUUGAAGCGAUUCGUGACAUUCGAGACCCAGAGCACCCAAACACGCUCGAGGAGCUCGCUGUAGUGACUCCCGAGUCCGUUUCGGAGAGCUCUCGGCGACGGUUUCUUCUGGUAUCGUUUACACCAACGGUCCCGCACUGCAGUCUAGCUGCCCUUAUUGGUCUUUGCAUACGCCAGCGGCUUGUUGACCUCGGACUUUCGCCGACCUGCGUCUCUGCACUGCCCGAAGUGGGAAAAUCGCCGUAUGCCCUGCGACUAAAAGUGCUCGUAACGCCCGAUACCCAUGUGCAUUGGCAAGAAAUCACAAAACAGUUGAAUGAUAAGGAGAGAGUGCUUGCCGCACUCGAAAAUGCGCAGCUUAGCUCUAUGGUCAGGGGUUGUAUGCCGCUCCCAUGA